CAUGAAAGAACCGCUAUUAAGUUUAGUGCUCCCACUACUUGUCAUAUUGGAUUGGAGCCAGGGGAAGGUUUUUAAAAUCAGCAAGAUGGAGUGCCGAUCUCUGGAUCCAACUUUUACGUACUUUAAAACUUGUAAAGUGGUUCACAGGGAAAAUGGUCGAGCUGCUCUCUAUGUUAGCGAGGUGUUUCUCUAUGAAAAUCCAAUUGAUGAUAUCGUUCUAAACCUGGGAGUUUUUAAAAUAGCUAAAAAUCGUCGUUUUCAGUUCCUGAAUGAGACUUUGGACUACUGUCUUUUUAGUCGGCAGUAUUUGGCCAGUGGAUUUUUCGGAUUCCUAAUGACUCCACUCUUGAAAAUCUCAAAUGUGAAUGCCACAUGUCCGCUUCAGCAAAAUAUAAGUUUCAAUGGCUUUCCUGUUGAUGAAAACACAAUAAAGGAGAUUCCAAUUCCAAAUGGUGUUUAUAUGUUCCACUUGCGAGCAUCCAUGAUGAAAAAAUGGAGGACAGACGUGAAAGUCUAUGCUACUCGAGUUAAUAAGUAUACUGAAUAACUGUUGAAUUUGUUUAUAUUUUAGUUCCAUCCUUUAGAGGGGUACUGUAUUUCCUACAUUGUAACUACAUUCUAAAAGUAUUAAAUAUUUGACACAGCAUUGUAAAAUAUACACUAAAAUUACAUUAAAUGUAAUAUACAUUUGACAAAGCAUGUACCAAAUGCAUCCACAUCUUUACAAAAGGCGCCACUGUGAAAAAUUGUUAUCAAACAAAAUCUAAUCCCUGCUGCAAUAAAAUACAACUCUUAAU